UAGACGUCAUCACUUUAAAUCUAACACCAUUUUAAAUAUGGAGAUAUUACUGAUUAUUGAGUCUCUCAAUAACCAGUAAUAUACGACAACCCAUAAAUAUGUGUAUUUUACUCUAUGUCCAGUUGAGGUCGCUGUCUUUCUCUUCUUUCCUUCGCCUGCGCCCUCCUGCUGCUUCUCCAUCUCUGAAAACCUUAUCAGCUGAAGCCAUCAGGCGCUUCUCGUUGACUAUAUGUAUAAAAGUAAAAUCCGGAUCAUUUAAUUAUAUUAAUUUUAUUAAUAAAAAAAAAAUAGUUACUGAUAAUAAAUGUUUGCGUAGCUUCUUCUUUUCUUUCCAUUUUACGUAAAAUCUCUACCGCAGCAACGCCUCACGACUUCUUUUUCUCUCCCAUCAUCCUGUGCGGUGUGAGGGGUUUUCGUGUGCGCGCUGUCUGUGGUGCUGAAGCUGCGCGUGCCAUCCACAAGAGCAUCCUUCCUUCCGCGAGACCGGAAAGGGGAAUUCUGUUUUCGACGGUUGGAACGGUUGCUAAUUUCGGGACGCUUCCUCCUGCUUCUUUUUGCUCUUUUUCGCCCUUGCUAUUUGAAGCGCAAGUGACGGUCUUCAGAGGCGCCUUUAGCCUCUUUUUCUUUCGUUUCUUUCGUAUUUUAUCGACGCUUCCAGUCAGUUCGGUGCCGCCUGCCUGCCUGCCUGCCCCGCCGGUACCGCAUCCUUUAUGCACAGCACGCUGCUCCAGUACUCCCCGACGAAACACACCGAGCACAAUGGCCCGCUCCAGCUGCGUUCACUGAGAGACAUGGAAGCCAAACAACACCAGAUAAAAAGCCUGAAGAGCUACCCGGAGACUGGCGGUCGUAGCCUGGCAGCGGCCGCCGGAGGAGGAGGAGGCGGCGGUGGUGGUGGUAGUGGUAGUGGAGGUGGUGGUGGCGGUGGUGGAGGAGGAGGAGGAGACGGCGGGUAUCGAGCCGGCUCGGCCGAAAUGGAGAUGGAGCUGAAGAUUCAGAAAGCCAUCGACUUCAAAGCGGAGGGCCACCGCUGCUACAAGGAGAAGAAAUUCCGGGAGGCGAUAGGCAAGUACCACCGUGCGCUGCUCCAGCUGAAAGGGGUUCAUGUUGUGGACGGGACGACGGGCUCCGAGGUCAACCUGCUGAGCCAAGCCGCGGCCAAGCUGACCGAGGAGCAGCGGAGAGCCGUGGAGAGCACCGAGAUCGAGUGCUACGACAGCCUGACAGCCUGCCUGUUACAAUCUGACCUGGUAAACUACGAGAGAGUGAAGGAGUACUGUCUGAAGGUGCUGAGCCACCAGAGGGACCACUUUAAAGCCAUGUACCGGGCCGGCAUUGCCUUCUAUCACCUGGGGGAUUAUGAAUGUGCGUUACGCUACCUGCGUGAUGCUAAGAACCGCGAACCUGCAGACACCAACGUGCUUAGAUACAUCCAGCUGACAGAGAUGAAGAUGAGCAAGAGUGGACAGCGAGAACGGGAAAGCGGCAAGGAGACCCAGGGCUAAUCCUUUCCAACUUCCUGGCCCUCCUGUUCCCUUUAACCGUUUUGGCAAUCCUACUGACCCUUCCUCUCUCCUCCUCCUCCGACUCCUGACAGCAGCACAGACAGAACAGACCCAACCACCCAGCUGGUGACACACAAACGGGGCACAUAUCAACAACUGUCUGCUACUUUCUCCUCUUCUCUCCUCUCGGUUCCUCCCUCAGGGGCUUUGGUUUCUCUCCCUAGACACAAUCAGCAGCCUAACAUGAAGAAAAUCAGCAGAAAACAAAAGAAAGACAAAACUGUAAUAUACUCAUAGAAACCGUCCUUGUGCCGGAGUGAAAAAGGAGCUUCAUAGACCUGCAUAUGAACCAUGAACAUUUGGUUGGUUUAGUACACGUUUAAAGAGCAGAACAUGCUUUUACUUCCUGCUUUCUUGCUCUUCUCUCUUUUUUCUCUCUGCCUUGUUUCUCCACGACCCCAAAUUCUCGGGGAGAGUUUAUGGGCUCGGGAAGCUGGACCACACUGGCAGGAGGGCAGGGAUCUGUGUGCAUGUGGGCAGGGAGACAGCGUGAAGCAUGAUGGUCAGUUGGGUGUGUGAGACAUAUCAAGACCGCAGCCCAUUUUGAUUGCACACCAUGACGGAACCGGGCCCACUUCAGAGCAGCAGGAGACAAGAAGCUGCUUCUGUUCCUGAUCUGUCAUUUCUCUGCCCAACCUCUCUGCCAUGCAUCUCUCUUUCUAGACUGUUCUUUCAAUUCAAGGGCUAAUUCAAGUGUUUGUGACUCCUUAAUUAGGGUUUUUAGUUUGCCGUCACAGUCAGUCGUAUGUGAAAUGUUUGUUUGCAGCACAGAGGCAAAAUUCUCAAGCGGUUCUGAUUGUUGCCUGGUACGCUGUUGUGGUGAGAAGAAGAAAUAGUGCAGUAAUGUCUUGAAUCUGUCGUCUGAAGCCUGUCCCGGAUCGCGUGAUGUGGCUUUCAUGUUGGCGAGAUCAUGCGGGCCCUUCCUCUUUCUCCCAGUUCUCCAUUAAUGAUGUCACAACGGAAAAUAGCCAAUAAGGUCAGGAGAUCCAUCAAACCUGGGUUGGCUCAUUGGACUCGCUUUUCCAAACGGCCCGACCUUUUCCCGCUAACGCCGAACCUUCCCGCAGGUUGCUGAGACACUGAGGAGACUCUGGGCAGCGUUAGUGCAGGAAAAACAAUCUCACACACGCACAUCGGUCCACAGCGCUGAGGCACUCUACUGUCAAAGCAUAGAGCCAUUUGAGAUUCCUCCUGCUUUCAGUUUACUUUGUGCUGAUAGACAAACACGGCUGUGAGGGCAUGCAACAUUAGCAUCAGAAACUACUGACAGUAUAAGUUAGUGCGUAUCUAUUACUGGUUGUCAAAACUCUGCCGCUCGCUUCUGUUGUGGCUCAUGAAGCAUAAUCAUUGAUAACGCAAAGCUCUUGUUUUUUCUCUGAUAGCUUUUCUGCAGGUUUAAAUCGUCCUCCACGGUUCUGGCGAAGGGUUCGAUUGAUUAUAUGUGAAAGCAUGACCUGAAUUCCUCUCCUCUCUGAGACGGUGGAACCCAGUUUUCCUCAUUCCUUUUGUGCAAGACCACGCUCCGCAUGCAAAGCGUGGCUCCUGAGGGUUAUUUCAGGAGUUUUUUGACGGGGAAUUUAUUGGCCCUAUUGCGUUCUGUCAUGAUGGCAUGCUGCCACUAUAAUGCUUGCUCAUGCAAUCUGCUUAGCUCUUCUCUGAACUGAGAGGGUAGUGACUGCGAUCACAACAGUAAAAGAGGUAUGAAAUAUCUCUGGACAGAGCUUGUGUUAAUUUACAAAGGCGGAAGAUUAUUGCUCUGAAACUCAGAGUUAAAGGAUUAAAUCAGAUGCUGGGAAGGAGUUGCCCUCCCAGUUUAAUUUAUUGGCCUGGUACGAGUUAGAGAAGGACCUACAGUAAGUGUGUCAGUGGCACUCUGGAGAGACGAUGCCAUGAGUUGAGGAGACCGGCGUGAUACAUGGAGGCUCCGGGGGAAGGAGAAGUAGGCCAUCGUCGGCUCGAGUUAAGCAGUUGCAGCCCUUUACAGAAGAUGCAGCAAGAUUCAAAUCAAAUGUAUCAUUUAUGACUACAUGAUGGGGAUACAUGACUAUGUUCACAAAACAAAUCUGCAGCUAAGGCAUCUCACCGUCGAGGAAACGUCCUCUUUAAGGAGUCUGACAGCUGGAAUUCGCUUUCAACCAUAAAAAAAAACAGCUGCUUUAAUGUAGUAAACUUUAACGUGAUAACAUAAUAAUAGUAUUGCACACAGCCUUGCAAAAGUAUUCAUACCUCUUGUAAUUAUGCACAUUUUUUUGCAUUGCAACCACAGAGUUCAGUGUAUUUUCUGUGAUUAUAUUCCUUUAUUUAAUCAGGUAAACCCCGUUGAGAUCUAGAUCUCAUUUUCAAGAGGGACCUGAGCAAAAAAUUUGCAAUACAUAGCAAUAGUCAUAACAUAGUGAUAGUCCGACACAAACUAGAGUGUAGUUCUGAAGCGGCAUCAGGACUUCUUAAAGUUUUCUUUCACUAACGGCUUUCUUCCUGAUGUUCUAUAAAGAUCCGAUUUGUGGAGAGCGUGACUUGCUAACAGAGCUCCUUGAUCUUCAUGAUGCUGUUUGUUCAAUUAAUGCCCUUCAAGGAGCCGCUAACGUAGGAUUUCUCUUUUCUGUUAGCCAAAAGACCACAAGCCAUUUCUCCCCCUAAUGCUAGACUCUCAUGUUUGUUUUUGUUGUAUUCACCCAGAAUGCCCUGCAUUGUAGUCCACUUCCUGCUUUUGGAUCUGUCUCCACAUAUGUAUUCGAACCUCUCCAGAGUUCACUUCAACUGAACCGAGACCUAUGUUUGUAGGCUGACCAGAGUUUGAUUUGCACAUUCACCACAUCUCCCCAAACAAACGGGACUAUCUAGACAAGCGACCUAGAGUUUGAUUGAAGCAGACUAAACAGGGCUGGUAUGAAUGCACCCUCAAAACGAAUCUCCACCAUACUUUUCAGAUCACAGUGAAGCCAGGCUGGCAGGAUGUGAAGGACAGAGCGCGGGGGAGAUUUGCUGAGAAGGGCUUGGAACCCGCUAAUGACUGCUUGCAGCUCUCGUUACAUUUUUAUUUGUAAAACUGUUGAAAACCUUGUUUCAUUCUCCUUUCAUCUCACAAUUAUGCGACACUUUGUGUUGGUCUAUCACAUAAAACCUUAACUAAAAACCAUCAGGUUUGUGCUUUUGACACAACAUGAGCAGGUUUGAUACUUUUGCAGUGACCUGUCAGCUUUAGCUGCAACAUCCAAACAUUGUGUUAGGAUUAAGAUACGAGAUGCAGAAACCGUUCUGCUCCUGCGCGCUCUCUGCCGUGUGUUUAUGUCUUCUGCCUCCCAGAGGAGAUAAAUCAGCAGCAAGAGGCUCGGUCUCCAUGGCUGCCGGAGCCGAGUCUCCUCUCCCGCAGGGUCCCUCGGGGAUCGGUGUCCCCCUCAUGCUCGUCUCUCCACGGCUCCGGCUCAUCGUCUUGUUUUUGUCUGGCCGUGCUGAAGUCGUCUUAGCUCAUCGUGUAAGUGAAAGGUUAACUAGCUGCACACUGAGCAGGUUUGUUGAUUACUGACCGCGCUGACUCUGAGGCUGUUCAUGGCGAUUAAAGCCUAAUCCAACAACGAGCUGCGUGUCCAAACAGAGACUCCUCAUCUCUUUGUCAGUGUGGCUUUGAAAACAAACAAAAAGCACAACGGAAAAAAAAAAUAGACUAAAUAAAUGGCUAUGUUAUUUAUUCAUGUAUUUUUAUUUUGUUUAUUUAACUUUUUUAUGCUCUUUUUACUUUUGGUGUCAUUCAAGGUAAAUGUUUGUCAAAUGUCAAAGUAGUUUUUUGUGAAUAUGUAAUACAAAUGUACAAAAAAAAAAAAGUAACAAAAAUGGAAAG